AUGACGAUUGGCACUAGGACAAUAAAGGCGUGUCUUUUCGACAUGGAUGGUACACUCAUCAACACCGAGGAUAUCUACACCGAGGCUGCUACUGAGACACUUGCACUCUUCGGAAAGGGACCGUUGACCUGGGACAUCAAGAUUGAUUUGCAAGGCAGACCCGGCCCAGAAGCAGCACAAAAGGUUGUUGAUUUUUUUGAGUUGCCUGUAACGAGGGAAGAGUUCAUGAAGAAGCUGUAUGAGGUUCAAGACACGAAGUGGCAUCGCUCUGAGUUUUUGCCUGGCGCGUUAGACUUGUUGAAAUACUUGAAAGAACACGAUAUUCCCAUGGGCUUGGCCACUAGUUCAAAUACAGCAAAUUAUUUGAAGAAGACUGCUCAUCUCAGUGAAGGUUUUGCGCUUUUUGAUGGACACAUUGUCACUGGCGACGAUGAGAGGAUCCCACCAGGGCGUGGAAAACCUCAGCCGGACAUUUGGUAUGUUUGCUUGAAGAGUAUUAAUGAUGGAAGAGAGAAAGAGGGUCUCGAACCUAUUAAGAUCGAGGAGUGCUUGAUCUUUGAGGAUGGUAUUCCGGGUGUGAUCUCUGGGCAAAACGCCAGGGGACAUGUCAUCUGGAUUCCUCAUCCCAAGGCAUUAGAGGAACUUAAAGGUAAAGAGAAGGAUAUAAUUGCUAACGGCGGCGAGAUCAUCGAGAGCCUUGAGGAAUUCGACAAGGAAAAAUUCGGUCUCGAUAGGUGA